AUGACAGUAUCAGGAAAAAGUUCUAAUCGAAUGCUAGGUUCUGGAAAACAACUUGGUCCACGUACCGCCGAUCCAGGAAAGUUGAAAGGCAAGAAAUUGUUUUCUACAACGCUGAUUUUCGGCAGAUUCAUCUCUGAGCUCAAUAUUUCCCCAUGUUUUCAGGACAUCGCUCGAGAAAUUUGGCCUUCAGAUGGUGGUUGUAUUGAGUUAAAUCGAAAAGAACUGAAACGCUUUAUUACAAACAAUGAAGCUAGAAGGCUUAGUGGAUCGAAACUGAGUAGACAUGUGGCUGGCGGAAGUUCGCUGGAAUAUGCCAGUGAUAGUACGAUGCAACAUACUUCAAGAGAUGACAGUACGCUAACCAGUAUCCAGUCUUUCAAUUCAGUGUACAGAUCAGAUCUUUAUAAAGUAUGUCAACACAAAGAAAAAAGUUUAACUAAACUUAGUCGUACGGCACUUAAUACCGAUAGCAAUAAGGAUGUUAAAGCACAACAGCAACUUCAUGUGCAAGGGAAUUUUGCGCAACUUAACAAAGACGCAUCAUCAGAUAUAAGUAUGACAACAAUAACUGAGUCACCUGAAACACUGAUCAGUAGUGAAACAACAGAUCUCACAAGCCCAACUGCUGAUGAAUCUUCGUCAAACAAAAACGGACAACCGACUGGAGCUCGUAAUUUUAUACAAAACAGGGGAGAUCAACUGGUUCCAACAAUGAAACCCGAUGGUACCAUUGUUAUACCGGGAGUUGUGCAUGUGGACAAUUUUGAAAGCUUAAAUGGCGUUGUGCUGAAAUUGAAAGUGCUCAUCAAGAGUUCGAAGGAAUCGAGGCGACUCAGUUUAAACAUUAACUGCCCAGACUUCAAGCCAAGAUCGGUCAAAGUGAAUGGAAUCGAAACUCAUAUCCUUUAGAAGACAACAUACUUCAGAACUUCCUAAAUAUGUUCCGAGGAAUACUCCAAUAAAAAGCCUUACGAAUUCUUUAAAAAUA